UAUUUCCAAAGCGGUAUGUGGAGACUGUUGUUAUGGAAGGUGGGCACGUGGUCACCAAAUUACCUCAUAAACAUCAUCAUUGCUAUUACCACGGUGAAGUGAGGGAUGGCAAUAUAUCUUCAGUUGCAAUAAGCACAUGCAAUGGUUUAAGUGGUCUGGUCCAUGUUGAUGGAGAAGCUUUGGUUGUAGCGCCAUUGGAGGGGUCGCCAAGGCAACACGUUGUUUAUCAUCAAAAAGAUGUAAUCAGCAAGGGAGAGAAAUUAGUGAUGGAUGCAAAGUAUGAAUCUGUUGGAGAACUGCCAGAUAUUUCAAGUAAAGAGCGCCACCGCAGGGACAUCCUAUCAGAGACAAAAUAUGUAGAACUGGCCAUCAUAAAUGACGAUGCUGAGUAUCGUUUUCGUGGAAGUAUUGGGGCUGUGCAAGACAGAAGCAAGGAACUCGCAAAUGCCAUGGAUAUGCUGUAUCGAGCACUGAACAUCAGGAUAGCACUAGUUAACGUAGAAGUAUGGACAAGUAAACAGAUAGAACUUACCGCCGAUGCCACAUCUAACCUGUUCAAAUUCCAGGCCUGGAGAUCUGAACAUUAUUCACCUAGGAUCCAUAAUGAUAAUGCUCAGCUCUUAACGGGAAUUCCUUUCAACGACAAUGUCGUUGGGAUGGCAGAACAUGGGAAAAUGUGUACAGAGGACAAAUCAUGUGGUGUUAAUACAGACAUAGAAGAAGAGCUGUCCCGUCAGGUUGUAGUUGUAUCACACGAGAUGGGACACAACUUAGGUUUUAAUCACAACACUAGGAGUUGCACCUGUCCAGAUGCGUCCUGUAUCAUGGAUGAUAUACUAGGAAGCCCUCCGUCCACCCAGUUUUCUUCCUGCACCUUUGAGACGAUGCGGAAGGUCCUUCAGAAGGGGUACGGGUUCUGCCUCCUGGAUUACCCUAAAGAGUUCUUUGGAGGACCGGUGUGUGGUAACAGGUUCUUAGAGGCGGGUGAGGACUGUGACUGCGGGACACCAGAGGAAUGUGACACCAACUGCUGCGUAGCUGAGACCUGUAGAUUCCAUGUGAACGCUACGUGCGGCGAGGGUGAAUGCUGUGAUAGUAACUGUCAGAUGUUACCAGCUGGUACCCUAUGCAGGGAUGAAUACAACCCCUGUGAUCUACCAGAAUACUGCACAGGAACAUCUGCAACGUGCCCGGGUAAUGUGUACCGCCAGAACGGAGAGAAGUGUGAUCGGAGAGACUCUGAUGCUCUCUGCUAUGACGGGCAAUGUCAUAGCUACCAGCAGCAAUGCGAAGAAGUCUGGGGUAAACGGACCUCUGUCAGGGCAGGGGUUGAUGAGUGUUAUGCGUUAAACGAACAAGGCAGCCAUUUUGGAAGUUGCGGAGAGACGGACCAAAGGCCAUGCCCAUCUACGACUGAUCCUGAUGGACCUUGCUACAAACCCUGUGAACCACAGAAUGCGAAGUGCGGUCGUCUGAUGUGUGAGAACGUUCCUGAUAGACCAGUUCUUACCAGUAUCGCCACCAUCGCUCCAGGGCGGGCCUACGAUUCCAAGGGCAGAGAGCACAUCUGCAAGACGGCCUCCCUUAACUUUGGAGUUGAUGUCCCUGAUCCAGGCUACGUUGCAGACGGAACUAGAUGUGCUGAAGGAAAGAUUUGCUUGAACUUCCAGUGUCAAAACAUCAGUGCCGUUGGCAUAAGACCCUGCCCUUAUAACUGCCAUGGCAACGGGAUGUGCAAUAGUAAGAGUCACUGCCACUGUUAUCAAGGGUGGGCUCCACCUCUAUGCAACACUCCAGGCUAUGGGGGUAGUAUUGAUUCUGGUCCAGCAGGUCCCCCAGACAAUGUUGUUGUAGUCACCCGUACAGUGACUAAAGUGGUAACCCGUUAUCUACCCGUAAGUGGCCCCACCCUUUUUGGUGUGUCCACGGGAACGGUAGCCGCCCUUCUGGUUCUCUUCAUCGUCAUCUUCCCUCUACUGACCGUAUGUGGUGUAGUCAUCUACUGUAAGCGACAGAGAAUCCGUCAGAUGCUCAACAAGAGCAGAGAGACAAGGACAGGGCAUCAGUCAUUUAGAAACAGUCCAGGUAGUAAUGGAGCUGCACGGAAGACAGUUGUGACACGUACCCCAUCCAUUCGGGCUUCCCCACCGACUAUAGAACACAUCCCAAACUCAAGCACUGGUAAUGUCGUCCAUGAUGUCUAUCCUCUCAUACCGACUGGUCCUAAUGUGAGCUACAAGCCCGAUAGACCACCAGCAAGACCCAGUUCACCACCUCCGAAACAGACCUCAAAACCACCACCGUUACCGUCAGUAGUGCAGACGCGCCCUACUGAAGCUCCAACCAAACCCGCAGCCCCUCCAAGCCGUCCACAGGUUCCUAAGUUAAAACCUACAGCUCGGUCGCAAAGCUUUAAUUAUCCGGCCAAAUCCGAGUCGGGGCCUGGUGCUAGGUCGGGAGGACCGCCUGGGCGACCCAAACCUCCAGCACCACCUUUUAAACUUGCACCGCCCCCCAAGUCACCCCCACCCGUGCCAGACUCUCAGACGCCUGCCACGAGCAUUUCCGGUGCCAGGGCAGCUCUGAAACCGGUAGCACGGCCACGCCCGAACGUGAAUUCUAACAACUCUAAGGACUGCGAUUGGAGCCAGGGCGGCAACCUUAUUACUAAAGACAGUCAAGAGGGGGAGCCCUUCAUUGCGAAAAAACCAACAGUAGCCAAGAAACCGUCGAUAUCGCGGAAACCUCCCUUGCGCCCUGGCAGACCACCUCUACGAACCCAAAGCAUGAGAGAACCUCCUACAUCCUAACAAUCAUCUUGAUAAGUUGACCUUUGACCUUUUAUUAACCUCUAGAUGUCACAAAGGUCAUCUUUCAGUGUGUGUUACUCUCUGAUUUGUCUUUCCUAUUUUUUAUGUUCUUUUAUUGAGUUUACUUUCAGACUAUCAAAGCAAUAUUCCUUGUAUAUGUUUUGUUUUUAAUAUUUUUGUUGUACUUUUUAUUCAGGGGAGUGUUUGAUGAAGCAUCUUAUCAGUGCUUUCCACUGUUGAUGAAUUCGCUUACAGCCAAUCAGAUCAAAGGAUUUCAGUAGCUUGUAACAAAUAUGCAGUCAAAAUCACUGACCAUUUAUUUUAUGAAACCCUCCUCAGAAGGAUUGCUAACCUUAUGCAAAGUAAUGCAGGUUUUUUAGAUUAAUUUUUUUUUAUUCUUUUCAUUUUCUUGGUUAAUAUUUGGAGUUGAAAGAUAAAUUAACAAAUAACUUGUGACUGUAUCUGGUAAGUUGUAAUGAAUCAAUGAACUUGGAUUGAAUUUUAAAAAUCUAUUUGGUAAUUAAUUGGGAACGAGCCAAACUGUUGAAUAAGAGUAUAUAUAUUGUAUCUCCUUUGUAUAAUAGGGCCCGUCUCACAAAGAGUUGCAAUUGAUCCGAUCAAUCGCAACUAUGGAAAGCCAGCAAAGUCAACAUAUAAAAUGCAUGUUUGUUCAAAAAGUUUUCUACAUGUAGGUACGAUGUAUAUUCAUAAAUUCAUUGAUUUCUUGACAAUUUGGUGUGUUCUCCAUUGUUUACAUAGGAUAUUUUGCAAACUUCCUGUAGAAAACAUUAUGACACUGAUGGAUUUCCAUAGAGUUAGACAUGAUCGGAUCUAUCGCAACUCUGUAAGACGGUGUCCCUGGUGUUCCUGUGUCCUGUGUAAAGAGUGGAAUAUUAAAGCUUUUGAUAAUUCAAGAAUA